AACAAAAAAUGAAGCCUUCCAUCGUAAGGAAGCAGCGGCGCAGAGCAUGGCUUAUAACUACGCGUCUCUCGUCUAACAUUACAGCUAGUUUUUAUUAUUUAUUUAUUUUUAAAAAUUAAUUGAAAAUAUCUUAUCUUUCUUCGUUGUAUUAUCUCCUACUUUUGAAUUCAAGAAUAUAAUUUGCGAUUUUUUGUUUUAAAUUUUCAUUCUUAUAUAGCACAAUAAAAACCAAUAACACCUCUGAUUGCAGAAAAUUUGAGUUUUUCUUUUUCUUUUUUCUUUUUAAUUUAUAUUGGUUUUGUAAUUUGGAGCUUUAUUUCCGCUUUUUGAUCUGAUUGUGAGUAGUCAGUCAUGUCGAUGCUUGAUUCCUUCUUCAACAAGGGCUUCAAAGCUGCGAAAUGUAAAACCCUGCUCAAGUUGACUAUACCACGUAUAAAGUUGCUGAGGAAUAGGAGAGGGAUUCAGAUAAAGCAAAUGCGUAGAGAUAUUGCUAAGCUUCUUGAGACUGGCCAAGAAGCUACUGCUCGCAUUCGGGUGGAGCAUAUAAUAAGAGAAGAAAACAUGAUGGCUGCUCAAGAGAUCCUUGAGCUAUUCUGUGAGCUUAUUUCUGUGCGCCUUCCAAUCGUUGAAGCACAAAGGGAGUGUCCUUUAGACUUGAAAGAAGCAAUAUCUAGCAUCUGUUUUGCUGCACCAAGAUGUGCCGAUCUUCCAGAGUUGGUGCAGGUUCAAAUGCUAUUUACUUCCAAAUACGGAAAGGAAUUUGUAGCUGCUACAACCGAGCUUAGGCCAGAAUGUGGGGUCAAUCGCCAGUUGAUAGAACUCUUUUCUGUUCGUGCUCCAUCACCGGAAGUGAAAUUGAAACUUCUGAAGGAAAUUGCUGAAGAGCAUGAAUUAGAUUGGGAUCCAGCUGCCUCUGAGACGGAGCUUUUAAAAACACAUGAAGAUUUGUUGAAUGGCCCAACACAAUUUGUUAGUGGGUCUAAGUUGCCCCUUCCAGAAGAGAGACAUGAUGAAGCAUUGAACCCCGCUCCUGAUCGUUCCCUUGAUAAGGACCCUGAUUCUGAUUCUGAUUUUGAAGAACUAGAUUUUCCUGAAGUUCCUAAGGUGUCUUUACGGCCAAGUGCCACUUCUGCCUCGGCACCAGAAAUGCAACCUAUUCCAGCGACUGCACAGCAUAGCAUUGAAACUGAAUCAUCAAAUCACCAUGCAACCCAUGAAAAUCUAGCUCAGGGACCUCAUGUAGAAAAUGAGGAUGUCAUUGAAGAAAAGCCAGGGGCUGCCAAGGAAGAAAUGCCUGAUUAUAUGGUAGGUGCCAAGGAAGAAAAACAAUUUCUGCCAUUUAUUUCUCCCCUAUCAGUGGCACCUACACCCCUUUCAAUAAGAUCAAGUAGCUUGCCUCCUACCUCAAGGACAAAAAGUGAGGCCAUAAUAGAUCUGCAGGAUGUUUUAGCUGCUGCUGAAGCUGCUGCAGAAACUGCAGAACGGGCAGCAGCAGCGGCACGCUCAGCAGCUAGUCUUGCACAGGCCAGGAUUAGUGAGCUUACCAAGAAAAACAUUGAGAAGUUCCCCGAUGAUAGUGAUGAGAAUCCAUUUCAUACAGAUUUUCCUGAUCAAUCAUCUACAUCAAAGCCACAUUUUGAUCAUCAGCGCUCUUUUGAUGAUCACAGUGGUGUUUCAGACUAUCAGGAAUUGUCUCGACUUCAUGAAGACCUGCAGCCAUCAGAACUUCAUAAUCUUCCUUCCUUUGAAAAACGCAAACUUGGAUAUGAUUCUCCUCCUAGUGAUCAUUUCCGUGAGCAAGCCUCUGUUCACCACCAGACACAGAGAUUGCCUUCCAUGGAUGACGAGUCAUACUUUUCAUACCCUAAUUUGUUUACUCCUCCGAACCCAAAUGUUGGAACCAAUGGUCAAUUUGUAACAGAUAAUUCCUACUCCACCCGUUAGGUUCGAGUUGCGUGAUCUUCAGGGAUCUAUUUUUCAGGUCCCAGACGACGAGUGGAUUAAGCAAUGUAGCACUUAAUACUAUACGGCGUUGAUCCUCCCGUUUUGUUUAGAAUAGAGUUCUACUACACAAUGAUCAUGGCUGCCAGUGUUCAACAACGUUUUGGGCUACGAAAAUUAUACUGUAGCUGAGAAUCCAUCUCAAAUGGUUGGUUCCUGCUGGUGAAGUUUAGGAUUUAUGUAAAACCAGCAUUAUGUGGUAAUAAAUUUCCUUUUGCUCUGAAA